AUGGCGUUGACCACAGUGAGCGUCGGUGAGGUCCCAGGCCAGAUGCCCAGCACCAUCUGCAUGCCCAGCAGACUGCUCGCGGCUUUGUGCGAUCCAACAUCGGCGGCGUUCACCAGCAAUCCCGAGGGCGAGUUGGCGGAUAUGGCAGAGGCGCUCAUGCACAGGUUCGAGAUCAGGAGCGCGAGCGGGAAGCGAUUCCGCAUGGUCGAGCUCGAAGCGUAUGUGCUGGGCGAUGAGGCUACCGGCCACGCCGAUCCGUUUGCCCAUGCCCAUGCGGAGCAGGCCUCGCCCGGGCAGUGGUACUUUCAUCGCGCGAGCAACGCGCCAAACGCAAAGUACAAGGGCGGCUCGUUCAAGGGCGUCGACAUCACCUUUGGCCGCGCCGGCUCUGUCUACGCCGGCAUGCUCCUCCGCGGCGUCAUCGAGCUAGGAGAGGCGAACGAACAUGCUGCGCCGCUGGUCUCUGGUCCGUGCAACGUGGUUCACUCUCUGCUCGACGCCGCAGGCGUGCCAUCCAUCGUCGAGCUCGUGCACGCCAGCGGCGGCAACAUCGGCGCCGACGGCCUUGCGCCCGCCACUGCCUGUCCGCUCCUCGGCAUCUUUCCGGUCGAAGCCGAGCUGGAGCCGCGGUUUGUUCCGCUCGCCGGCCCGCGGAUCGGGCUCACUCUCGCCAAGGCUGCCGCGCAUGACGGUGCCAUGGAGACCUACAUCGCCCGGCGGUACCGCUGGCUCGCGCCGUUUGCACUCGGGCCCAAGAAGGUCUACGCCGUCCUCGCCUGCGCCAUGAACGGCGAGUCUGCCGAGGACGCCGCCGCCCGGACCAAGGUUGGCCUCAAGACCGUCGCCCGCCAGCUCGACGCGUUUGCCUCUGGCGCCGCCGACGCGUCCGCCACCCUGGCCGCCGUCCGCGGCAAGGGCAAGAUGAAUGUCGCCCAGCUGUGCGCGAUGCUGGGCGCUGCGCAUGCGCUGCACGGGUAAAGACAAUUUACAGGCUCGA